GUAGCGGCAGGACGUUAAAGCUGGGCACCCGACUUCAGAGAGGCCGCCAUGGGUAUACAGGGCCCAGUGCUGCUGCUGCUGCUGCUGUGCGUGAUGCUGGGGAAGCCUGGGUCACGUGAAGAAAGCCAGGCGGCAGAUCUCAAGAGCACAGACAUCAAGCUUCUCUCAAUGCCCUGUGGCCGCCGGAAUGACACUCGGUCCCGGAUAGUGGGCGGGAUAGAAUCCAUGCAAGGGCGCUGGCCGUGGCAGGCCAGCCUGCGCUUGAAGAAGUCCCACCGCUGCGGAGGGAGCCUUCUCAGCCGCCGCUGGGUGCUCACUGCUGCACACUGCUUUAGAAAGUACCUUGAUCCAGAAAAGUGGACCGUCCAGCUUGGGCAGCUUACAUCCAAGCCGUCUUACUGGAACAGGAAGGCCUAUUCUGGACGGUACAGGGUAAAGGACAUCAUCGUAAACUCCGAAGACAAGCUGAAGUCCCAUGACCUGGCCCUGCUGAGGCUGGCCUCCUCGGUCACCUACAACAAGGACAUCCAGCCUGUCUGUGUGCAGCCUUCCACCUUUACGUCCCAGCACCAGCCCAGGUGCUGGGUGACCGGCUGGGGAGUCCUUCAGGAGGAUUUGAGUGAGAUUAGCAACGCAGGGUGGGCAUGUGGGUGUGCUAUCUGUCCCCUGUUUCAGCCACAGCAGGCCCUGAAACCCUUCUCUGGCUCUGGAGCUCCAAGAGCCUCCUGCCUUCCUGCUCAGCCCCCACCCCCAUUGCUUCCCACCUGCAUGGAGCUGCCUUCUGUUCUGGAGCAGGGGUAGGCCAAUGGCCAGAGAUGCAGGAAGGGACUCAGCCAGGCUUGCAUUCCUCAGCCAGAAUGGGUGCUUAAGACCUUCUGAGGACAGUCUCUUUGACACUGAUUUAAUUUACAAGCCCUAAAGUAUGAACAUGAGCAGUGUUGAAAUCACACAUUUUAACACCAGUGAAACUGUCACCAUUAUCAUGCCUCUAAGUCCUCACUAGGUGACACUUUAGCCUUCAAGAUCAGGCGUGUUCAGAGUGGUGAGGUCAUAGGCUGUCACCUCUGUCUAAGUGCAACAUUUUCAUCAUUUCAAAAAGAAAACCUGCCAGCCUGGUCUACAGAGCAAGUUCCAGGAUUACAUAAAUAAAAACCCUGUCUUGGAAAACAAAAAGCAAAAACCUCAGUGGGCAUUGUGGUAUAAGACCAGCCCUUGGGAAGGGAAGCCAGGAAGGUCAGGAGUUCAUGUCUAAUCCUAUGCUCAAUAUCCUGGACUCCAUAGCAAGUUUGAGACCAGCCUGGGCUGUCUAAAACAAACAAACACAAAACAAAACAAGAAAACUUCAUACCCCUCCGCCAUUUCUCUCAAUCUCCUCAUGUCCCUAGGACCUGUAGCCCUUGGCAGCCCAGACCUGCUUUCAGGCUCUUAGCUGCCUCUGGAAAUGCUACACAAGUAGUCAGAGAAAAAUGGUCGGGAUUCUUAAAUGUAAUGUACUGUCCUCAAUGUUGCCCCUUGUGGCAGUAGUGGGAACUGCUUCUCUCUAAGUUGUACUUCACAUACCAUUAAGGAACCAUACAAAGAGUGUGCUCCAACCCCAUUUAGUGUGUUGACAAUACUGUUCAACUAGGGACCUUCAUUCCCACCCGGCCUUUACUCCUCAUGAGUCCCUCCCUACAGCCCCUGAUAACCACAACCCAGCUUUCUGAGCACGGAACCAUUGUUUUCUGCCCAUAAGUGAAAUACAGUUUGUGGUCCUAUGGGUCUGGCUUCGUUCACAUACCAGCCCAACUUAAAGAUUCAUCCUUUCUCCUUUCCA